CACCCACAUGCGCGCCACAACAAACAUGGCGGCGCCCUCAAAGAAACGUGUAACGGAAAAUGUGGAUAUGUCCGAAGAUGAUAUUCUCGGCGACGAAAAUGAAGAUGAAAUGCAGUCAGAUGAAAGUGAAGAGGAAACGCCAAUGAAUGAGGAAGUACAGGUGGAGUUUGAAGCCAGAAGACCUGAAGGUUCAGACUUUCAUGGUAUUAAAAGUCUCUUGCAGCAGUUAUUUCUCAAGGCCAACAUAAAUCUCUCUGAGAUGACAGACACAUUGCUGUCACAAAACUACAUAGGUAGUAUUGUCAAGCAAAGUGACAUUCCUGAAGAUGAUGAAGGAGACAGUGACGAUGAUGAUCCUGUGUUUGGAAUUACCUCUGUCAUUAACUUAACUUCAAGAAAGGAAUUGGAGUGUGUCAAACAAUUAAAGAGCAUGCUUAUGGGUAAAUGUCAGGAAGUCUCGCCAAAACAGACUGACAGACUGAAAUCAAUAUUGGAUGAUGAGGACAAGCAAGUUGGCUUUGUGAUCAACGAGAGAUUUAUAAACAUCCCUCCCCAGCUGUCAUUGCCCAUGUUUAAAAGCCUAAGAAAAGAAAUGGAAAGUGCUUGCAAGAAGAACAUGAAAUACAAAUUUGAUUGGUAUUUAAUGAUAUCAAAAGCUUACAAGCAAAAGCUCACAAAGAAAGGCAGGGCUGUAGACACUGAGAUAUUGUUCACAAACCAAGAAGAAGAGUUUUUAAAGAAGCACACCAGCGUGAUGUUUGACUAUUCUGUGUCCCAUGAGCGUGACGGAGUUGUGGAAGGGGGUUGGGAUGCUGACGAGGACAUGGAAGCGUUACGCUCCGUAUUGGUCUUUACAGCCGACAAACUAGACCAGUUUAUCACAGAACUAGAGGCAGAACUGCAAUAAUGUGAAAACUGAAUCAACUGUGAACUGAAAUGGCCAGAGGACUUAACUGUGAACUGUAAAGGCCAUAAGAUUUAACUGUGAACUGUAAAGGCCAUAGGACUGAACUGUGAACUGUAAAGGCCAAAUGGCUAAACUGUGCACUUCAAAGGCCAACUGACUGAACUGAGUUCACUGUUGACUGUAAAGUCAUAUUUACUAAACUGUGCACCAGAAAAGUCAAACUGAUAAUACCAUGAACUAUAAUAUUCAAGUGACUAAACUGUUCACUUCAAGGGUCAACAAACUUUACUGUGAACACUAAAGGCUGUCUGACAACAUCAUGAACUGUGAAGGCCAUUGGAACUGACUAUACUCUGAAGUGUAAAUGCUAAAUUUAUUGCAAUAACUCAUCAUCAGAAAAAUCUUAGAGCAUCAAUUUCAUGUUCAAGGCAUGUCUUAACAUGUUCAAGUACAAAUAAAUUUUCUAGCCUCGAUCCCAAUGGAUAAAAUGGCACUGAACGAUAAGGCUGCAUCAAAUAUCAGCCGUCAACUGGAAAAAUCAAUGAACUGUGCCAGUCAUUUGUGGUCAGUGACCUAGAUUGUUUAGGGACUGCUUUUAUAUUGUCUGUGACAUAACCGAGCUUCAUGUACAACUCAACACUUGGUUUUAAAGAUAAUUUCUGCAAUUGCAUAUGCGGAUUUUGUUCUGUCACAGUGUAUUUACGUUAGCCAGUUGCAUGUACAAGUAAUUGCAUAUACCAGCUUUAGCUGAUGUAUUUUGCCAACAUGAAUUCAGGUACAGUGUUUCUAAGUUAUUGACUCUGAACUGCAGUUGGGAAGUACUUUAAUUUUAAUAAACUAAUUAUAUUUAUCACCUACAAGUGAUGUGCUACCAAAAGACAAAGUUCAGUUUGCAGUAAUGUGGCCCACUUAAAUAGACUAUGCUCAUAUGCCAUGUUAUAAGAAUAUGGGUAAAUGAAUACAACAUGGUACUGCAAAUAAUUGCAAUGCCAUGUCAUGAUUAGUUAAUACUGCCACUAUGUAAUGCUGUACAUUAGCCCACAGUAAUUUAAGAGACUCAGCUUGCCCAUGCCAUAACUGUCAGUGCUUUUACAGAUGUUAAGUUUAAUAGGUGUCAGUGCAAGUAUGCUUCAUGGUAAACUAUAAAAAGCCUGUACAGAUUUUGAGUUAGGUGUAAGUUUUGUUUUUAACACCCCAUGUUUUAACACUUGAAGGUUUUAUUUUUAGGAAAAGAGUGAAAUGUACCUAUCAGAUAGGCCUAGUUGUAAUUUUUUUUUAAUUUGACAUUAUUAGUUGUAUAUGCUUCUUAUUAACUGUUGAUUCUUUUUCAUCAUUUUAUAACCUCAAACAAUGUUUUAAUAGAUUCAUUUUUAUUUUACAUGAUAAGGGUAUUUUGUUACUCCUUUAGAUCUUUCAACAUACAUUGAUUUUUAGGGAAAGAUAACACUUGUACACUCAAUGGAACUAUCAGUCAUUGUCUGUCUAGAUUUGGUGUUUGGGUGUAUAUUUCAUGUAGAUAACUCUGGUACACUAAUGUCUACAAAAUGCACUAAUGUCUACAAAAUACACAAAUGUCUACAAGAUACAGUCAUGUUUACACUGGCGGCCUAAUUCACUAUUAAAUUGUUGGCGGUUUCUGAAAUGGUCUAAGAUUUUUUUUUUGUUUCGUAAUUUAAUUUAGUUCACCCAUAGUCUAAAUAUGUAAUUGUCUACAACUUGUCGCGGGUGUUCAGUGUGUGGUUGGUAACUGAAUAGGCACUUCUCAAAACAGAGGGCCCCUGUCUUCGUGCGUUGUGAUGAUUAUCUGGGCAGUUAUAUACACGCUACCCAUUACUCGUCACAACUGACUGUCAAGUUGGUUUUAGGAGUGUUGGUGCAGCAUUUAGGUUGGUAACCAAAGGCAGUACAUUUCAAAGACAAAGUCUAUGUUUUAGUGGUAGAAAUUUUAUACAUUUGUAGCCGUGUCUUAUAC